UUUUUAUCAGAAGGGUAAAAAAUACGUCAUGGUUACGUAACGAGAGUAUAGUAUAAAAAGCAUUGCUACAAAGAUCUGCGAGUCCACUUUGGUCUAAAACGUAAUACCAAACAGGUCCUGUCUUUCAGUUGAUAGGUAGAGGUAUACGGUUGGUACGAAAUGGCGGCUCUAGAAAGCAAUCCAUCUUGGAUCGAAUGUGUGUCCACCAACAGCUCAACUCUUGUAGUCAAUGGCACACUCACGGUGGACGAUGGAGGGCGCGUUAACCACGGGCGCUGGCUCAUGAUCGUUGUGGCGAUUGGUUUGCUGGCUAAUUUCGCCUUCUUACUCGUUGUGGCUCGGUGUGAAUCCAUGCGUAACGUCACCAAUGUCUACCUGGCCAAUCUGGCUAUUGCUGACAUCAUCGUCUUGAUUGUGUGCGCAAUUCCCCUCGUGAGCGACACGUCGCCUUUCUCAACCAAAAUCUCGGGGUGUGUCUUUUUGGUCUUUGCGACGACGCCGUACUAUUCGAGUAUGUCAAUCGUGUCUCUGGUCGCCUGGGGUCGAUUUUGUGCCAUCUGUAAGCCGAUCAAGCACAGGGCAACAUCGAGCGUAAAGCAAAGCAUGAGACUAGUUGCUGCAGCUUGGCUCAGUAGCCUCGUUUACUGCGUUGUCGUGUAUUUGGAGCGCAUCAUCACUUCAGAGAAAUGUGAGGUGUAUGGCGUAACAUCACCCAACAAUCCUCUUAUCGAGAGCUGCAACAAGACACACGGGUUCAAUCCUUCCCCAUCUCUGAGUGACGUCUUCAAAGUCCUACCCUUCGUCUUGUGUCUCUCCAUGAAUUGUUGGCUGUACGCGCGCAUCGUCAAAACCCUCAGAAAUCGAUUUGUGCAUCGCAUGAAUCGCCCCAACCAGCAGGUACCGGAGUGGAUCAGGAAGAUCCACCAAUCACGGGUCCGUAUCACCAGGAUGCUUGCUCUCAACAGCUUCAUUUUCCUCCUCUGCAACACGCCUAGGUGUGUGACCACAAUCAGUGGUUACAUCCACGACACCCUGGGGGAGCCUCGCUGGGACGCGGACCAGAAGGUCCAAAUGUUCUCCAGCAUGCUCCUCCUCGUCAACUCCAGUAUAAACCCUCUCAUCUACAACUUGACCAACAAGCAGUACAGACAGGCUUUCCGUCAGGUCUUCCUGCCGUCUUGUCGCUCAGCGUCUCGGCCAAGUCAGACAACGCCCACCGUUUUCCACCUGCAGAUUUCUUCUGACUGAUCAGACUAUCAUACACGACUCGAGUCUGUCUGUCGUAUUGACGUAUUAAUACGCAAAACUAUACCUUUCGUUAGUGCACGCAUCCGUUAGCGUUGUAGUCUUUGUGAUAUUCUAGCACAUUAUUGACAUUUGAAUGAGAGAUAAAACGAACAAACUCCACCCAUGUUUAGUUAAAAUGUUGGUUAAAUUUUUGCCGCCCGACAAUGAUUAUUGGAGUCUUUUUUUUGUGAGCUAGAGGCGCGAAAGCAACCCAAAAAUAAAUACCUUUUUAUGUUUGCGCAAACGCCACUGUAAGGGAGCAUUUUCGUUCAAAAUAAUUAAACAUACAAAUUGAAAUUUUGUGAGAAGAAAAAAUCGAAUUCGUUAAAAAGAGUAUGCACGAAUAAGGUGUAAACUGGCCAGAAUAUGAUGCAAUAGAAACCGAAUUAGGUUUAAAUUUAUAGAUUUUAUUAACUGCUUCCAUAUUUUUCGUUAACUGAUGCCACUAAAUUUGAGGUAGCUAGAUGGGGUACAUGUAGCCUCCAAAACGGAUCCCUUGAAAAGAAAAAAAAUGUAGGUCAAAUAGCAUGAUGCCACGAGUAGCGACACUUCGUGGAUGCAUAACAGCGCAGUUUGACACUCUGUGCUUACGUUGCGAUGGCAACAACAUUCCUAUCAAUAAACCUUGGUAAUUGGAACAGCGCAAUAUAUUAACUGAACAAGCCCGUCUUUUGAGAAUCUUUUUCGAGCUGUUAAACACGAAGCUUUGUAAAAACAUGGUCUUUAUGGGUUCAACGGGGUUUGACAAAUGCGACAUCCUGUACAUAGGGGUA